UAGGAAUAACUGAAAAAACAGACUCUCUCCUCUUACCCUAUCCAAACCAAACUCUACCCUCCACAUGGCUUUGGCGGCGCCACCACUCUCACCCCACAGCCACCGCCACCAUCCUCCUUUCCGCCGACCCACCCGAAAACCAAUCAUCAAAAUCUCCCUCCUCCACUCACUUCACACCCCACAAGCAUCCCUUUCUCCCACCACCCAAACACACCCCAAAACCUCUCUCUCUCUAACCCACUCUCCAACCAACCACCUCUCCUUACCCGAACAAAUAACCAAUCACUGUCACUCUGGAAACCUCGCCGAAGCUUUGUCAUUGUUAUUACAGCUGGAAUUUGACCACAUCUCUUCUUAUUCCACGGCCCAAAAAGCCGAGGCUGUGAAUGUUCUACUGCAGGCCUGUGGCCACCAGAAAGACAUCGAGGUUGGCCGAAAAAUCGACAAGAUUGUUCGCGCAUCGACCCAGUUCAAGAAUGACUUUGUUAUCAAUACCCGAGUCAUUACCAUGUACUCCACGUGUGGGUAUCCUCAUGAUUCUCGUCGCGUUUUCGAUCAUUUGAAAAGGAAGAAUUUGUAUCAGUGGAAUGCACUGAUUAGUGGGUACACUAGAAAUGAGCUCUGGUUGGAGACCGUGGCUGUAUUUUGUGAGUUGAUUGCAAGGGGCGAAUAUAAGCCGGAUAAUUUUACUUUCCCUUGUGUGAUUAAGGCUUGCGGUGGGAGAUGUGAUGUGGGUUUGGGACGGGCUGUUCAUGGGAUGGUGAUAAAGAUGGGUUUGGAUUUGUGUUCGGACGUGUUUGUUUGUAAUGCAAUGAUUACCAUGUAUGGGAAAUGCCGGUUUAUCGAGGAAGCAGUUAAAGUGUUUGACAAAAUGCACAAUAAGAGCUUGGUUUCUUGGAAUUCGAUGCUUUCUGCAUUUUCUGAAAAUGGGUUGGCUCAAGAGGGGUUCAAUGUGCUGAGGAGGAUGUUAGAAGGCGAGGAAGGUUUGUUGCCGGAUGUUUCCACGAUGGCGACCGUGUUGCCAUUGUGUGCAGGGGAGGGGGAAGUGGGAAUGGGAACGGUGGUCCAUGGUUUUGCAGUGAAAUUUGGGCUGACCCAGGACUUAAUGGUCAGCAAUUGCUUAGUGGACAUGUACUCAAAAUGCGGCUUAAUACACGAAGCCCAAACACUUUUUGAUAAGAACGAAGAUAAAAAUGUAGUUUCUUGGAAUUCCAUGAUUGGGGCUUAUUCUAGAGGAGGCCAUGUCGAUAGGACCUUCAGGCUUUUGCGGAAAAUGCAGAUGGAAUGUGUGAAAAUGAGGGCUGAUGAAGUUACUGUAUUGAGUGUGUUGCCAGUCUGUUUAGACAAGUCCGAUCUGUUAAACGUGAAGGAACUUCAUGGCUAUUCACUAAGAAAUGGGCUUCAGUAUAAUCUGUUGGUAGCCAAUAUGUUUAUUUCAGCCUAUGCAAAAUGUGGGGCACUGAGUUCUGCUGAAAAUGUCCUUCAUGAUAUGGAGAAAAAGACAGUUGGCUCUUGGAAUGCUCUAAUUGGUGGCUAUGCACGGAAGGGAGACUCAUCAAAAGCUUUGGAUGUAUACUAUCAGAUGACACAUUCAGGGUUAAAUCCAGAUUGGUUCAGCAUUGCUAGCCUUCUUUUGGCUUUUGCCCACCUGAAAUCGCUGAAGUAUAGAAAAGAGAUUCAUAGCUUUGUGCUUCGAAAUGGGCUAGAUACGGAUUCAUUUAUUGCUAUUUCACUUCUUUCACUUUACAUUCAUUGCGGGGAACUACAACUUGCACAGGUUUUAUUUGACAGAAUGGAGGAUAAAAGUUUAGUAUCCUGGAAUGCAAUGAUUGCCGGUUACUCUCAGCAUGGACUUCCCAAUGAAACCUUAAAUAUCUUUCGUGAAAUGGUUUCCAAUGGAACCCAACCGGAUGAAAUUUCAGUAGCCUGUAUGUUGGGCGCCUGUUCACAGUUAUCAGCUUUGCAGCUGGGAAAGGAAACUCACUGCUAUGCUUUAAAAGCGCAAUUUACAGAAGACGUGUUUGUUAGUUGUAAAAUCAUAGACAUGUAUGCAAAAUGUGGCUCAAUAGAACUAUCCAGAAAGGUUUUUGACCAACAAAAGGAGAAGGAUGUUCCAUUGUGGACGGUUAUUAUUUCAGGAUAUGGAAUUCAUGGACAUGGUAAAGAAGGGCUGGAGCUAUUUGAGGAAAUGCAAAGUUUAGGGUUAAAACCUGAUGGAUUCACAUUCAUUGGUAUUUUAAUGGGAUGCAGUCAUUCUGGGCUUGUUGAAGAGGGUCUUAACUAUUUCAAUCAAAUGCAGCCAGUGCAUGGCCUAGAGCCAAAAUUGGAGCAUUAUGCGUGUGUAGUGGACAUGUUAGGUCGUUCUAGGCGAUUCCACGAUGCUUUAAAGCUUGUAAAUGAGAUGCCAAUGGAACCUGAUGUUGGAAUGUGGAGCUCAUUGCUCAGUUCUUGUAGAGCUCAUGGUGAGAUGGGUUUAGGUGAAAAAAUUGCUGAGAAAUUGUUAGAACUGGGGCCAGAUAAAGCUGAAUAUUAUGUUCUAGUGUCGAAUUUAUUUGCUGGAUCUGGGAAUUGGGAUGAUGUGAGAAGGGUGAGGGGGAAAAUGAGGGAAUUAGGCCUGAAAAAGGAUGCAGGGUGUAGUUGGAUUGAAGUUGGAGGGAAAAUUUACAACUUUUCCGUGGGUGAUAGACGGGUUCCAGAGUCGGAGGCGAUCCGUGAGAUGUGGAGAAGACUGGAGAAGAAGAUAAGUGGAAUUGGGUAUGUUCAUGAUACUGCUUCAGUACUUCAUGAUUUGAAAGAAGAGGAGAAAAUAGAGAUUUUAAGAGGGCACAGUGAGAAGCUCGCGAUCUCUUUUGGAUUAUUGAAGACAAAAAAAGGUGCAACGCUCAGAGUGAGCAAGAAUCUACGCAUUUGUGGUGAUUGUCACAGCGCAAUCAAGUUAAUAUCAAAGGUUGUUGAUAGGAAGAUAGUUGUGAGAGAUAACAAACGGUUUCACCAUUUUAGCAACGGGUUAUGUUCUUGUGGGGAUUAUUGGUGAUGAAGAUGUGAAUAACUAUUUUUUUCCUUCUCUAAGUUAGUUUUCCCAUGGAGGAGUAAUUGAUUCCGGGGCUUAAACUAGAUCUUCAUGAGAUUUUCUCUAUCUGUACAUGUGGAACAGGUGCUUUGGUUUGAACUAGCUCUUCAACCAUAUUCUUUUUGUAACCAUUUAUGCCCAACUGCUGUCAAUGUAAUUGUUUCGAAAAUGUAAUUGUUUUUGCCUUUGAAGUUGUAUGGUUAUAUGGUUAUAGGAUAAGGAAACUGUAUUUUGUAAAGUGGAAGGCUGUAGAUCUCAUCUUUUGUAUGAAAAAAACAUAGCAGUUUUGAGU